AGGUUGUUGGAGCUGCUUCUAGGUUUUUGCUUUCUCUGCACUCGUUCUGCAAAGCCUUGGAUAAGCAAACACGCCGUGAGUGAACUUGAACGACAGGUCCAGUCCAGCAGAACAGACUGGGAGACAAGCAGCAGUGGGCCUGCUUGGAUUCUUCAGUGCCCGCUAAGGCCAGCUGCAGGUGGAAAUGGGAUGAGGAGGAACAAGGUUUUUUGUCUUUUUGUUCCCAAAUCUCACUAACCUCGCACAUAUACUCCAAGGGUCAGUCGUGGGUGUAGAGGCCCAAGUCUAGGCUUUGCAGCGCAAACAUUCCUUGCCCCCGCCCCGCUAACCGCGGGGUUCAGGAAAAACGAUCCCCACCCCUUCCACGCCCCUGCCCCACCUCUUGUCCCCCUUUCAAGCCCCCUCGACUUUGCCGGGAGGGGGGUGGUUUGUCCCCAAGAGUACAGAUAAAUAGUCUUGUCAAAAAGCGCAGCUCGCAGGCAGCUGUACUUCUGGAGUCAAGUUCAGCAGAGACCGGGCUACAGGGUCAGCAGCGGAUCGCGCCGGCUUCAGGCAGCCAGCUCCCAGGGAGUCGCAGUGCGGCGGCAAGCCUUGGUCUCUGCUCGUCCCCUGAGCUCUCCCACACCCAUCCUCUGUCAGGGAGAAGAAGCCGGGGAAGGCGAGACUGGCCGGGGAGGAGAAAGGCGGGCGCGCGUGGGCGCGGGGGAACAGGCCAUGUCCACCGGCUCGGUGAGUGACCCGGAAGACACGGAGAUGCGGGGGCUGCAGCGGGUCUACCCGGCCCCCGCCUCCAAGAGGCCGCCCCUGCUCCGCACGGAGCACCGGUACGCCUCGCCCAGCGACAAUUCUUCUGCGGAGGACGAGGAUCCCGACGGCGAAGAGGAGCCCUGCUCCCUGGGAGCCGCGGGAACCGCGGGAGGAUGCAAGAGGAAGCGGCCGCGUGGGGCUGACGCGGGCGGCGCAGGUGGCGGCGCGGGCGGCGCGGGGAAGAAGCCUCUCCCGCCCAAGGGCUCGGCCGCCGAGUGCAAGCAGUCCCAGAGGAACGCGGCCAACGCCCGCGAGCGCGCCCGGAUGCGCGUGCUGAGCAAAGCCUUCUCCAGACUGAAGACCAGCCUGCCUUGGGUGCCCCCGGACACCAAGCUUUCCAAACUGGACACGCUGCGCCUGGCUUCCAGCUACAUCGCGCACCUGCGCCAGCUGCUGCAGGAGGACCGCUAUGAGGACAGCUACGUGCACCCCGUGAACCUGACGUGGCCAUUCGUGGUCUCUGGACGCCCAGACUCUGACACCAAGGACGUUUCUGCAGCCAACAGGCUUUGCGGAACCUCCGCUUAGAGGGACAGCACACGUAGAUGGAUUGUGUUAAAGGCACAGGACUGGGCCAAGGAUUCUGGACCUUCUCCUUCCCUUGAGCCUGAGAACAAGACGGGCCACAGUGCAGUGCGCUGCGCUCAGGAGCACAGGUGGCCAUGACUGCCUGGAAUCAAUGAAAACUUCUGUAGCCAAAGAAAGCUUCCCAGGUCUCAGGGGAAGUAUGCAAGGCUGGCCUAGAUGCAAACUGCAAAAGUGGGUCCUGAGCUCUGAGCACAACCCCUGCCUGCCUGCCAUCUGAAACAAAAGGCUUGGUUUUAAAACUAAUCUAGGUUUUCCUUAUGGUUGGCGGCAAGGUCUUGCACAGCCAGGUCCUUGUGUGACCUGGCUGACAGCUGUUUCCCAGCACUAGAAAGAAGCCCUUGGCUCUAGAGCUGGCAGAGGCCUGUCACUGCGGGAAGUGUUGCUAAGGACAGUGGCAUACUCCCUCUGGGCAGGACAAGUGAGAUGGAGGGUUAUACCACCAGGUGCUGGUUUUGCUCACAAUCCCUGCAGGCUGGGGGAUUCAUUUCCUGAGCUCCCUCCUCUGUUUAAUCAGUGUUGGGGCCACCUGCCCUGCUGGUCUCCAUCCAGUGAGUGCUGCUGGUUUAUGGGGUCUCAGUUCCUGCCCACCCACACUGUCCCCUGAAGUCUUUUCUUACUGCCCAUUUGGGGACAUGUGCUUCACCCCUCUAAUUGGGACACCCUACCACAGCACAGCCUUCUGUGGGAUUCCUGUUCUUCCAGGGAUGCACUAUUCUUCCUGGUCCAAGGAUGUGAGUGGGGGGGGGGGCUGGGGCUAGUCGAUUAUACUGGUUUCUACCAGUACCUGGUGCUUAGUGGUCCUGGCAAUGCUGCACUACCAUGGUAACUAACAUAUGUAA